GGAUCUGAUCUAACCGCUCAUUACGACCAGCACAGACAUAUCAACAAUGCAGACAAUUCGAGAAACGUCAAGCUGCUCAAUCGCAGUGCCAAAGGCAACACACCGACUUGCACUGAUAACACAGAAUUCUGCACAGAAAGGCAGCAAUACGGGGAAGUGUGCCGAACUCGAACUCCUUGCCUUCCUCCAUCGAAGCUGGGAUCUCUUCCCACCUCCAGUAAAAUGCUUUCGCUAUCGAGAAAAAAGCCGGAAUCUUUCAAGAACCAACUGUGUCAGUUUUCUAGCCAGAGUAACAAUCUCAGGCAUGGACUUCAGUCCCCAGAUAUUGUGAAAGAAGACGAGGGUGAAAUUACUGUCUCUAGAACAGGUAAUAUGAAUGUACGUAACUAUAGUGAGAAUCAGCUAAAACAAGCAUAUCCAAUCAGCAUGUGCCCCACUGUGGUUCGUCAAGAUGAUCUCUGCGAUGUUUUACACACAGCCGCUGCUUCUGAGCUGCCUUGGAGGCAGACAUACACCGAGCUGAAUCCAAGACCUUCAAAACGUCUGACAGACCUGAGAGACUCUAACCUACAUUUAAGAUCAAUUCCUGCUGGCAUUAAAAACAGUACACAGGCAUCCCAACCCAAAACUGGCCCACAGGACUCGGGGGGAGGGAAAAGCUCAGUAAUUGAUAUGUUGUCCCCCAACAAAUUGCCAAAUCCAUCAAAUAAUCUGAAGACCGAUUUAUGCAGCUGCCUUGGGAAUGAACCAAUAAACAUCACAAAAGUGGGCCUACAGCCUGGGGUCAGACAAGAGUCUCCUUUUAUACCAUAUGCUCAGAAAGCAGGCCUCAAGAAGAAAGAAGAAUGGGAUAAUGACUGUAACACCUUUCUAAAGCGUGGACUGACCUUAUCUUCAUUGGUGCUUUUAAGCACCCGUGAAGACCCCAAGCACUCUUCUGAAUGUACCGUAACAGACAUGUCUGAAAUUGUGCCCCCAGAAGUCAGACCCAAACCUGUAGUCCCUGCUAAACCUACCGGGAUCUCCUCAGUCCAUGGCCCUCAGGGGUCGGGGGUCGGGGGUCAGGGGGCAGGUGGAGGGUCGACGCUCUUGGGAUACAUUGGGAUUGAUACCAUCAUUGAACAAAUGAGGAAGAAAACCAUGAAGACUGGCUUUGACUUCAACAUCAUGGUAGUGGGCACCAGUGGCCUGGGAAAGUCCACCUUGGUGAAUACGCUGUUCAAAUCUCAGGUCAGCAGAAGGAGCACAGGGUGGAGUCGUGACGAGAAGAUCCCCAGGACUGUGGAGAUCAAAGCCGUGUCCCAUGUCAUCGAAGAGGGUGGAGUGAAGAUGAAGUUGACAGUAAUUGACACUCCUGGAUUUGGAGACCAGAUCAACAAUGAAAACUGCUGGGAUCCCAUUGCAAAGUACAUCAAUGAGCAAUAUGAAAAAUUUCUGAAGGAGGAGGUUAAUAUUGCUCGCAAGAAGCGCAUUCCAGACACCAGAGUGCACUGCUGCCUCUACUUCAUCUCCCCUACUGGACAUUCCCUGCGGCAGCUGGACACAGAGUUCAUGAAGAAUUUGAGUCGCAUGGUGAACAUCAUCCCGGUCAUUGCCAAGUCCGACACGCUGACAGUGGAGGAGAAGAUUGAAUUCAAACAGAGGGUAAGGAAGGAACUAGAAAUAUCUGGCAUCGAGUUUUACCCCCAGAAAGAGUUUGAUGAAGACAUGGAGGACAAGAGCGACAAUGAUAAGAUCAGGGAGGCCAUGCCCUUCGCCGUGGUGGGCAGUGAUAAGGAAUACCAGGUUAAUGGCAAACGAGUCCUGGGCAGGAAGACCCCCUGGGGGGUGGUUGAAGUUGAAAAUCCAAUUCACUGUGAAUUUUCCCAAUUGCGAGACUUCUUGAUCAGGUCUCACCUGCAAGACCUCAAAGAAGUGACUCACAAUAUCCACUAUGAAACAUAUCGUGCCAAGAGGCUCAAUGAUAACGGAGGCCUUCACCCCAUCUCUACUGCCCCCCCUGGUGACACACAGGAGAGCAACUUGUGAGUGAGGGUGGCAGAGAGCAUGUAGUGCUGAGAUACAGAAACGGUGAUAGAAGUUUGUAUUGUCAUGCCAUCACUGCAUGCUUGGAGGGUCUCAUACCACUUAAAUGUUCUGUACCUAUAUUUUUACUACAAUACACAAUCUCUCCUCUCACAACCUUGCCAAAUGCACAUGAACUGACCUCUUAACCAAGGGAGACAGAUUAUAAAUCUGUAAAAAAGGGACCAUAGACGCUUCUCUACUUACGAAUGAGAUAUGCUCCGAACGGCCGUUCGUAACUUGAAAUGUUCGUAAGUCAUUAUUCAGCAUCAGUUUAAGGGUAUACUCAAGUACUAAGUACAAGGAUGCUGGGAGUACGUACGUCACGCUGCUGUGCGGCGGGAGUAGCGGCCAGAAAAAAAAACUGAUAUUGCGGACAGGAAACGGGAGCCCAACGAACACAAUUUGGACUUACAGUCCUCUUCGUUCGUAUGUCAGAAAGUUUGUAAGUUGAAAGUUCGUAAGUAGAGUAGCGUCUGUACUUGGUCACAUAUUUAUAUUAACUAAAUGUAAUUUUCCUCAGUCAAUUGAAAUUUAACCUAACUCUCUUUAGUAAGCCAUGGAAAAACUAAAAAUAUAUAGAUUUUUAAGUCUUCCAUUACUUACUUCAAGCCUACUGCAGUAUAAUUAUUCCAGUAAGUUUGUGAAGUAUAUUACUAAUUUGUCAGUUAACUGAAUGCACAAAAGAAAUCUCAGAGCUUGUGUUACACUGCGCACAACAAAAGUUAAUUCAGUAAUAACAGUGUUGAAAUAAGAAAACUGCUCAUUUGUGUACAGAUCACAAUAGUAAGUACUUGAAUAAAAAUAUUCUGAUCUCUGUAUAUUUACGGGAAAUUUUGUUUAAGGUCAGCCCUGAAAGAAUUCUUUCACAAAAUAAGGUUUUUCUCCUAAGAAUUUGUACAAUCAAGUUAUAUGUAUAUAUGAGAGUGAGUGUAAAUUGUGUCUUUUGUGUCUGAGAAGUACUUCGUAUUGUAACAGGUAGUUGUAUAAUUUAUUUUGUCAAAAGUGUAAUAGUAGUUUUUUUGGACAAUGGUACAGGAUGGUAUUGAUGGUAAUACAAGUUUGGGGAAAUUGUACUUCAUAGCUAGAUUGUCUGUAUGUGUGCAUGCAAGAAUGUCAAUGAAUUGUUUCAUUUUUACUAUUAUUAUUUUGUACAUAUUAUAUAUUACCACCAACAGAUUUUUAUGAAUCAAUUUAAUGAUUUGUAAUCUUUCAUUCUUAUCAAUACAUAAUUGGUUUAUAUGAACAUUUUAAUAAUUGCAUUACCUCUGUAUCACACCAUCUAUAUAUUAUAUAUUAUUAUUAUAUCAAUAUCUUAAGGUAGAUGUAAGAUAGGAAUUUCAUGUUUUUUACCUUUUGUUUGUUACAUGUCAUACCAGAUCGAUACUGUUGUAAUUUACUGCAUUGUGAUUUCAGUGUUACAUUUUCUUUAUAUAUUGAAACAUAAUUUUUCCAUUAAUUUUCUUCCUCUUUUUAUCAACCCAAUUGUCCUAUACUUGCCAAAUACCACGUGCUAAAUGAAAACCAAGAACUACACGGAUAAAAAGUAUGUUUUGCGUGUGAAUGGUAUUGCUAUUGUUGCCAUUAAUGUUGGUAUGAUUAUGAUUUUUGUAAAUUAAAAAUAAAUCUUGCGCCUCUUUAAUGACCUAUGCUGUUUGAGAAA